GGACAUUCUACGAAUUGAACCGACGCUGCGAAACUGACGCACUCAAACCGACGAUGUCGAGCAAGGCAGUCGUCAUUCUGUCCGUUUGUGUUGUUGUCUGGGUGCAACAGAUCGUGGCGCAGGCGAAAGGCAAAAAAAUCGACUGUGCGAAAGAGGACUAUACUAUUCUGGAUAAAUGUUGCGAAAUACCGAUUGGAAAUUUGGCUGAAAAUGAAAUUAUGGCCGACUGCAAUCCGCAGAAAGACAAAAAACUGUACUCCUGGAUAAAUGAUUUCCAAAUGAACAAGCUUCAGCUCACCAAGAAGAACAACAGCAUCGAUUUAAACGACGCAACAACAAAAAACACAUUCUGCCAAGUUGCGAAUUUUACAAACUGUCUUUUCGAGAAAGCCAGCCUGAUGUUCCCGAACGGAACCGUAAAUGCUGAGGCAGCCAAAGAUUUUCUCACGGCUGGCAGGGAGGACCCAUGGAAGACUCUUAUUGCCGAUCACAUCACCCAAAUGGGCAACCUGGAGGAUUAUAUUCCGAAGAAGUUUGAGGCGAAACUGCCUUGUCCGGAAAACCCGAAGAAACCGAAAGGAAAAACCGUCAAUGUCACAAUGGGGCCUCUGGUUUUGGUCCAAUUUUUGCAGAUCGGCGUCGUUGAGAUGUGUCCACAGCCCAAGAACUUUACCAAGAAGGACAAAUGCAACGCUACCCUGUCGACUUGGAAAACGUGCUCUAAUUUCCUUUUGGACAGCCUAUACUCAGCCUCGAGUUCUCCAAUCAAAAUUAAAACGCAGAGCUUUUCCUCUGAAAAGAAAUCAGGUACUAAGAAAAACAUUUUCUCCUAUUUGCAUGACGCAAAAAAUAAUAUGUAAUGCGGUGUUUGUUUGUAAUAAAAUGCCAGAUUUGACUUGA